AAGGAAUCCAGCGCGUCCUGUUUACGCAUGCUUAACCAUUUACCUCUACGCACGGCAGCAUAUUCCAAUUUCUCACACCGAUCAAAGUCCUUUCCCCUAAAACCCUCCCAAAACCCCUUUAGCCCCUUCUUUUUCUUUUCUCGUUUUCCUCCUUCCUUCUCUUCAUUUCCUUUCCUUUUUUCCCUUUCGCUCCGAAUCCGAUCAUGUCAAAAACGCUGAAUCUAAUAAAAACUAACAUUUCCAACCCCAAGGUUUGGAUCGUGGCUGGAAUAACAGUGGCCGGAAUCAUAGUUCUGGUUGAGACCAGUAGAAGAAGAAGGAAGAAAGCGAUGAUCAUCAAAAGCGGAGAUUUUGGCGCUUUCUUGGAACGCUUCGAGUUAAUUCCUUUCCCUCAGCCGCCACCACCCGCCGCCAAAAUUCCAUUAUCGGGUCUUACGUUUGCCAUCAAGGACAUAUUUGAUGUGAAGGGUUAUGUAACGGGGUUUGGGAAUACCGAUUGGCAGAGAACACACGAGCCGGCUGAUAAGACAGCGGUGGCGGUUACUGCUUUGUUGAAAAACGGGGCUAAAUGUGUUGGCAAGACAGUUAUGGACGAACUGGCUUUUGGAAUAACGGGAGAAAAUAAGCAUUAUGGAACACCUACAAAUCCGAAUAUGCCGUCAAAUGUUCCCGGAGGUUCUUCAAGUGGUUCUGCCGUGGCAGUUGCAGCUGAAAUUGUGGACUUUGCUCUAGGUACUGAUACAAUUGGCUGUGUGAGAGUUCCGGCAUCAUUCUGUGGUAUUCUUGGGUUCCGUCCAUCUCAUGGAGCUGUAUCUACGAUUGGACUUCUUCCGAAUUCACAAAGUUUGGAUGCUAUUGGAUGGUUUGCUCGUGAUCCAUCUAUUCUACAUCGCGUUGGACACAUUUUACUUCAACUAAAAGCAGUGGAACCUAGAAGGGCAAGGCGCCUUAUGUUUGCUGACGAUCUAUUCCAGCUCUCAAAGGUUCCCAAGCAAAAGACAGUGUAUGUUGUUAGAAAAGCAAUCGAAAAGCUUUCUGGGUACCAGCCUCCACAGCAUAUCAAUUUUUCUCAGUAUAUUGCUUCAAAUGUACCCAGUCUAAAAGGUUUUCGUCAACAUUCCACAAACCUGCAAAAUGGAAUUUCUGCUUUGAAAGCUCUUUCAUCAGUGAUGGUGUCAUUACAAAGAUAUGAGUUCAAAACAAACCAUGAAGAAUGGGUCAAAGAUGUUAAACCAAGACUAGGACCUGAGAUUUCUCAUUGUGUUCUUGCAGCAAUCAACACUACAUAUGAGAAUGUGAAAGUUUUGUACAAAGUCAGGACCGAGAUGAGGGCUGCUAUGCAAAGUCUUCUUAAGGAUGAUGGGAUAUUAGUGAUUCCCACAAUUGCAGAUCCUCCACUAAAGCUCAAUUCAAAGAAAGGGUAUUCCACUGAGUUUCAUGAUAGAGCAUUUGCAUUAUUGAGUAUCACUAGCAUGUCGGGGGGAUGUCAGGCUUCCGUUCCAUUAGGAAAGGAUGGUGAUUGUCCUGUUUCUGUUUCAUUUGUCGCAUACCAUGGAGCAGAUAAAUUUCUUCUUGAUACAGUUUUGGAUAUGUACGCAUCUCUGCAAGAGCAAGUCAGCAUUGCAUCCAAUUCAGUGCCAUUGCCUGAUGUCAAUGGUAACAUGGAUGCUUCUGAACUCUUGAAGGAAAAGGGAAAUGCUGCAUUUAAGGGAAUGCAAUGGAAUAAGGCAGUCAAUUACUAUAACGAAGCUAUUAAGUUAAAUGGGACAAAUGCAACAUACUAUAACAACCGGGCAGCAGCUUACUUGGAACUAGGAUGCUUCCAACAAGCUGAAGAAGACUGCAGUAAGGCAAUAUCACUUGACAAAAAGAAUGUGAAGGCAUAUCUGAGGCGUGGGACAGCCAGAGAAUCGCUACUCUGUUAUAAAGAGGCUCUUGAAGAUUUCAAGCACGCUCUGGUUCUAGAGCCACAAAAUAAAGUUGCUAACCUCGCAGAGAAAAGACUUAGAAAAGUGGUUAGUUGAUACUCCCCACCUCCCCUUCCAUCUUGUCAAACAAAUUUGAAAAACGUUGAUAGAAGAUAUGCUCAAUCCUCAUGCAACGUCAGCCCUUUGGAUAAAGGGGAAAAUGAAAGUAAAAGGUUAGAAGUUUGUUGUUUAGAGGUGCUGCCAGUUGCAAUUUUUUUUUUUUUUGCCUUAAAAAUUUUCAUUUUGGCAUAUUCUUUUAAUCGAUAUAUGUUUGCUCUGCAACCUGUCAUGCUGUGAGACAUUGGUAUAUUUUCUGCUUGUUAAUGUAAUGUGUAAUAAAAUAUCAUUGGGUACGUGGAAUAAAAAAUAAAAAAAUUACGGUAUCUCCAAAGUCCCAACACGUGCUAGGAUUGGUCAAGACCUUAAAUUAACGGUCUAACACGGCAUGGCUCGUGGUAUGAUCAUG